UGUGAAUCACUUUGUGCUCUCAGACCUUCAGAGCUGCUGUCGUCUGUUCUUCAGACUCGAGUGGACACUUGUGUUUCACUGACGCUUCUGAAGUUGUUCCAGAGUGUUCUGCGUUGAGUUUAUAAGUCUGUGACGCGGCGUGUAUUUGAUAUCAAACAGAUAUGAGCAGUAACUACAGCGUGGCGUUAAAGGGUCCGGCCCCCUGGGGCUUCAGACUGCAGGGGGGGAAAGAUUUUAACAUCCCCCUCGCCAUCUCACGGAUGAUGGACGGAGGAAAGGCAGCGAAGGCUGGAAUAUCUGUGGGAGAUCUGGUGUUGUCCAUCGAUGGCAUCCGUACUGACGGCAUGAAUCACCUGGAAGCUCAAAACAAAAUCAAAUCCUGCACAGGGAAUCUCAACCUCAGCUUACAGAAGGCAUCAAACCUUCCCAAACCUGAUGCAGCACCUAAGGAUGAUUGUAUGGAAAUCAUCAAACCCGUUCCCAUGACAACUUCCAUUCCAUGUUCCUCUGACAUCACAAACUCCACCCCCAUCACUCCAUCCACCAAUAAGAGCGCUCAGCUGUCGGGAGGGGCGGGGUCAUCGCACACAGCCUCCGGCGCAUCCGCUUUUGCGUCCGCCUUUUUGGCUCCAGUCCCUAAUCCACCGGCUCCACCCAGUCUCGCUGACUACACUGCCGCGUCACCCAAUCACCUGCCGGCAGUGCCCCGCCCUUCGGUCUAUAACACGCCCAUCGAUCUGUACUCCUGUGAGAACGCCUGCGAGGUGGCCAUGGGUCAGAGGCGGGGCCUGCUGGAGAGUCAGGGAGAGAGCUUACAGCUGAAUGGACUUCCUCGCAAGCCCAUCACAGAAACGGACAUCGAGUUUUAUCAUGUUGCAACUCACGGUGAUUCCAGCAGAAAACGCAUCAUGGAGGACACGGAGGACUGGCGUCCUCGAACCGGAACGUCCCAGUCCCGAUCCUUCAGAAUCCUGGCACAGAUCACUGGCACUGAAUCUGAACUCGAUCGGCCAGACGCGACUGAAUCUACCAAAACAACAAAUGAGGACUCUGAAGAACCCAGCGCUCAUGUCACCUGUCCUGUUAAGACCAUGAUCAAAGCCCCAGGUACACCUGUCAGAAACACCACAGGUCUCAUUACUCCCACUUUUGGUGUUGUGAGCAACUGUACACCUUUGGGCCCCGCCCUGGACCGCCCCAUGCCCCGCCCACACCCAGAAGACGAAGCCUCGUUGGUGCAGAUGGCAGAACACAUCCCCGCUGGAACACGCACUCCCAUGUGUGCUCACUGUCACAUGGUCAUCAGGGGUCCGUUUCUGGUGGCGAUGGGCAAGUCGUGGCAUCCGGAGGAGUUCACGUGUGCGCGCUGCAGCGUCUCUCUCAGCGAACUGGGUUUUGUGGAGGAGAAGGGCCGUGUUUACUGUCAGCACUGUUACCAAGAGUUCUUCGCACCCACCUGCGCACGCUGCCAAUGCAAAAUCAUGGGGGAAGUGAUCAAUGCUCUGAAGCAGACCUGGCACGUGUACUGCUUCCUGUGUGCGUACUGCCAGCAGCCAAUCAGAAACAACACGUUCCACCUGGAGGACGGAGAACCCUACUGCGAGAGAGAUUAUUACAGUCUGUUUGGGACGGGUUGUCGAGGUUGUGAUUUUCCAAUCGAAGCGGGAGAUUCGUUUUUAGAAGCUCUUGGAUUCGCCUGGCAUGACACCUGCUUUCUGUGCACCGUGUGCAGUGUCAGUCUGGAGGGUCAAACGUUCUUCUCCAAAAAGGACAAACCGCUCUGCAAGAAACACGCGUACACCUUCAAAAUAUAAAUGCACAACGAACAUCAUUUCUGUAGAGUUAACAAAAAGAAAAUGUAUUUCCAAAAACAUCACGUGAUCACAAUAACAGCGUGUGGAAAGAGGUUUGUGUGGAAAGAGGUUUGUGUGGAAAGAGGUUUGUGUGGAAAGAGGUUUGUGUGGAAAGAGGUUUGUGUGGAAAGAGGUUUGUGUGGAAAGAGGUUUGUGUGGAAAGAGGUUUGUGUGGAAAGAGGUUUGUGUGGAAAGAGGUUUGUGUGGAAAGAGGUUUGUGCAACAUCUGUGUGAGAUUGAAUCGAUUAAAAGACUGAGAAGCUGAAAAAUAUCUCAUUGUUUUACUGGAAGAGUUUGUACGAGAGUUUUGUGAUCUGAGAACCAGCAGCACUUUUACAAGUUUUUUCACUUUCUGUUCUUUCUUUCAAACUGUGAGAAGCAGUUAUGAGAAGAGUCAAAUAAUUCAUUGAAAACCUUACAGAAUUAAAACAUUAAAUAGAGUUUAGAUGACAGAAUGAUGAGCAUCAAUAUCAGACUUUUUUUCUUGCGUUCAGUUUCUAUAACUGCAUAUUUAUUUCACAAUUUUGGACUUUUUAUUUGACUCUAUAUAUCACGUAUAAUGCUUGUGUUUGUUUUUAUGCUUUUAUAUUUCUGUCAAUAUCAAUUAAACCAUUGAAGUCUUUUUUUGAA